AUGAAGCUGUUUCUGGUUUUGAUUGUUCUGCUGUCUCAGGUACUCACAGCUGGAGCAAAACCCCCAAGAUGCUUUAACAACGCGGCAGGUUACUGCAAGAAGAGAUGCAAAGUAGGGGAAAUAUCUGAAAUGGGAUGUCUACACGGAAAAUUAUGUUGUGUCAAGGAACAGAAAAGCAAAAAGUACCACAAAGUCCAACAGCUCCCUCCAGGGCCUAAAUCGACAGCUGAGAAGGCGAGUGACUAUAUUGCUUACCCCACCGUCACACUUGUGUCGAUCCUGUGA